AUGGCAAUGAAGCGUGUAGCUGCCUCCGCCGUUCGUGCUUUCUCUGCUUCUGGGAUUUCAAAUCCAUCAGCUUCAACCCGACACCUUCAUGCCCCUGCUGGUAGCAAUAAGAUCGUGGGUGUUUUCUAUGACGCCAAGGAAUAUGCAGCUAAGAAUCCCAACUUCCUUGGCUGCACUGAGAAUGCUUUGGGGAUUCGUCAGUGGCUGGAAUCACAAGGACAUCAAUACAUAGUCACUUCUGACAAGGAAGGACCUCAUUCUGAACUUGAGAAACAUAUUCCAGACCUCCAUGUGUUGAUCACUACCCCGUUUCAUCCGGCCUAUGUUACAGCUGAAAGAAUCAAGAAGGCCAAAAACCUUCAACUAGUGCUGACAGCUGGAAUUGGCUCUGACCACAUUGAUCUGAAAGCGGCAGCAGAAGCUGGUUUAACAGUUGCAGAAGUCACUGGGAGCAAUGUCGUCUCAGUCGCUGAAGAUGAACUGAUGAGGAUCCUCAUUCUUGUUCGUAAUUUUCUCCCUGGAUACCAUCAAGUUAUCAGUGGUGAUUGGAAUGUUGCUGGUAUUGCUUACAGAGCUUAUGAUUUAGAAGGCAAGACUGUUGGAACUGUUGGAGCUGGACGUAUAGGCAAGCUUUUGCUGCAGAGGUUGAAACCUUUCAAUUGCAAUCUCCUCUAUCAUGAUCGGCUCAAGAUGGACCCUGAGUUGGAGAGUCAGAUUGGCGCUAAAUUUGAAGAAGAUCUUGAUGCUAUGCUUCCUAAAUGCGACAUCGUUGUCAUUAAUAUGCCCCUCACAGAGAAAACAAAGGGAAUGUUUGAUAAAGAUAAGAUUGCUAAGUUAAAGAAGGGUGUUCUUAUUGUGAACAAUGCUCGAGGAGCAAUCAUGGACACCCAAGCAGUUGUGGAUGCUUGCUCUAGUGGCCAUAUUGCAGGUUACAGCGGAGAUGUUUGGUAUCCACAACCAGCUCCAAAGGACCAUCCUUGGCGUUAUAUGCCAAAUCAAGCAAUGACCCCUCACAUUUCUGGCACUACCAUUGAUGCACAGAUACGCUAUGCAGCAGGAACAAAGGACAUGCUUGACAGGUAUUUCAAGGGAGAAGAGUUCCCUCCUCAGAAUUACAUAGUCAAGGAUGGAGAACUCGCCAGCCAGUAUCGUUAA